AUGCAGACACUAAACGAUAAUUUGACAAUUUUUGUGACGCAGCGGAAGCUUCGAAUGCAAUCAGCAAAGCCCGAUGAGACUAGCACAUGGACAGAUGCACUUCAGUAUAUCGGUGAUAAUCUUGGUUUCGAAACUGUUAAAUUCCGAAUCGACUUCAGCAAGUCGAGUAGCAUCAACAUACAUCGACCUGCAAAAAACAAUUCCACUGAUAUUCUCCCAAGAACCACAGAAAACCUAGAAUUUACUUGUGAGCUUUGUCCCUUUGAGCGGCAAACACUCGCGUAUGUGACGAAAAAAGGAAAAAAUAGAGCACUUGUGCACGUUCAAUACGAAGUGCUCGAAGAGAAAGCGUUCUCCGUCAAUGCAAUUUUGGAGGCUCGAGACAAGGACGCGCAACAAAUUGUGCAGCAGCUACAGCACAGUGACGGCGUCUUCAGUCUUGUAAACGACUGGACGGCGAUUUCGUCUCAGUCUAAAGUCAUUAUAUUUCGAGCGUGCGAUGAAAUAAAUCGCUUUUAUCAACUCGGUGGAGAUCUGUUUGUUGACGCUACGUUUCCUCCACAAGCAAAGUCUCUGUACAAUCUCGAUGUUUUAUUAUCGGAAGUUGAUCUUGCGAUCUACGCACAGAGCACUUGGGAGCAUUUGCACAGUAUCUCCAACUCGUCGUGGACUUUUGUGACUCGGCCAAACGAAGUUUCAAUCCCAAUAAAAUUUAAGUGUGGCCUUCCUGCCCAAGACUCGUUUCUUUGUGCACUGGCAAUCAUAGCCCCACACUGCGAAGUAUGGCUACAUCGAUGGUUUCCAACCUUAGAUAGUUUCUGCCAAUUUGAAAAUAUGGCGGUUGUUCCUGUGGCACUCUGUGACCGAGGUCUUACUUGGCAGCAUCUCCUUGUUGAUCUUUUCUUUCCUUCUUUUCCAAUCGGACGGGGCCUUAUGACCGCGCGUAACGUGCUUGGAGAAUUGUAUCCAGCUCUUCUCCAUAAAGCUUACGCAAAGUUGAAAGGAAGCUAUGCUGCACUUUCAAGCAUUCCGACCAUAAACAUUCUUGAGGAGAUUACUGGAAUCCCGUGGACUUGUUGUUAUCGUAGAGCAACUGUAAAGUGUUGUGAUGAUUCAAUAGUCGGGCAAGCGCAACUUGAAGAGGCCAUUAACGCUGUGUUGUGUUAUCAACGACCAAUGUCCGGAAAAGACUUCUUUCUUGUAGUAGUAACCUGCGGGAAAGUUGACAAUCAUCAAGGAGCCUUCCAGCUUGCUAUUUCUAGCGAGGAAACUUCGCGUCUCACGUCCGUGAUUCUGUAUGAUGUCUUUAAAAAGCUGUUGCACCAUCAAGGUAUUGAAACAUUUGCAAGCUUUGAUCGUGUGUCAUCUCCUACAUCAAUUAAAUUGUCGUGGAAGCAACUGUUUGAGUUGGAACCUAACGUAUGGUCACUUUGUCUUGACCGACAACAUGAGCAACGAUUACGACAAGUCUUCCAUCACGACGAAGAAAGUGUUAAAUUGAUGGCAGCCUUCAGUGUGUCAACAUUAACGACGAUUGCUUUUUCAUUCUCUUACGCGCCUCGUUUCCCCAAUGAGCCAUACGAUCAGCAAGUCGAGCUAAAUGUAAGUAUUGCGCGGGUAGAAAAUGACUUUGUACUUACGCCGAUAGAAGAUAUUGGUAACGGAUUCCAAGAUUUGAAUGACGGUCCUAACAGCAUCUUAAGAAAACAGGUGGUGCGAUCUCUGAGCGCCGGCGAAUACGUUGUGACAGUAACAGCUAAACGUUUAAGUGGUAUCAACUCAGCCUCUAAGGCUGAUGAACUUAAUCUUGCGUGCCCUAGAACCGUGUUGACUUCAGCCUCUGCCGAUAUCAAUCUGCAACUAGUCUUCGAUUGCCUUGACAUCCAAGGGAAGCGCGAAUUGUCCGAACGCGAUAUUUGCAGAUUUCUGCAGUUGUACGAACACGUCAAUCCAUUGCAAUAUGAAAAUAGUUCACUAGGUCAAUUUCUCGAGCGAUUUGGAAGACCGGGAUCGACAGGAUGGAUUUUAUCCCGUGACGAUUUUCGAAACGUUUAUUUCAGUCUCGCUGUUAAGUCUUGUCAUGAACUCAAAGCCAACGAUUCGGGAUAUAAGAAAACAAUAUCAGAUUUUGAUAUCCGCGCACGAUUUCAAAAGUUAAUUUGGGAUGAUGUUGUUCGUCUAAUGUCCAGCUCUAGAUGGGGCGUGCAAUAUGAUCGAAACGAUGAGGAUUUUCCCCUUGAAAUAAAGGGUCGCGAAAUUGUCGAAGUUGUGUGCAGCUUUCACUCGAAUACACCAUUACUGGAUGUAGUCUUGCUUCCUUCGGACAAGAGCUUUGCCGAUUUCACCAGUCAUAACAUAUAA